CCGCAUACCCCACCUCUGGGUGUGCAACAAGGUGACGACAUCAUUUUCCCCUUGCAAAUUGGAGAAUAAGAAAGCGGGCUUUAUUUUAUCGUGCUGCUCAAUAAUCAAGCACUGUUCGACAAUUACUACCUAGAUCAUUCAGCCCGGGCUGGAGUAAAGUAUCUAGAAUUAAUUGAAUAGCGAGUACAAACAAACUCCCCGACGACGGCAAAAAACGCCCAAUACUGCAGGAUGGCUUCCAACCCUCCUGCAGCAUGCUGCAACAUUGGCGUAAGGCACGAAGGCACGCCAACUGGCCAGAUGGUCAUGAUAGAGAACAAGUGGGAUGCAUAUCUUGCUCUGCCACCCGAGGGCAAGGCCCACAAAGACGUCGUGCUCCUCUACCUGCCCGACGUCCUUGGAGUCUGGCAAAACAGCAAGCUGAUGGCGGACGAUUUUGCCGCCCAAGGCUACACGACCCUGGUGGUUGACACUUUCAACGGCGACCCUGUGCCGCUCAACAUCUCACUCACCGCGCUUGAGAAGUUUGAUUUUGUUAGCUGGAGGGACUUUGGCACGAACCAUGAUAACCCUCACACCCAAGAGGCUGUUGAUCCAAUCAUAGAGGCGGCCAUUAAGGUGCUCAAGAAUGACCACGGCGCCAAGAGGAUUGGCGCCGUCGGGUACUGCUUUGGAGCCAAGUAUGUCGUCCGUCACUACAAGAAUGGUAUAAAUGUGGGAUUUGUGGCCCACCCUUCCGACGUGACCGAGGAGGAGCUCGACGCCAUCCCGGGUCCGCUGGCCAUCGCCGCGGCUGAGACGGACAGCAUCUUCACGAGCGAAAAGCGCCACCUUUCCGAGGAGUUACUCAAGCGCUCCGGGAAGCCAUACCAGAUCAACCUGUACUCUGGCGUACUUCACGGAUUUGCUGUCCGCGGAAACAUGUCAAACAAGAUUGAGCGGUACGCCAAGGAGCAGGCUUUUGUACAGGCCGUCACCUGGUUCAACACCUGGCUAUUGUGACUUCCCGAGAAGGCUAGCUUGUGAUGGUUGUUCUUUUUUUUCACCAAUCUCUCGAGGCAACAGUAAUCCAAUAUGCCGAGACUCAUACAUAAAUACACAAGGAUUGGAAUAAAUACUGUUCGAGCAAGAGAUAAGACUACCAGCUAAGAUUGCACUCUUUUGGAUGAAUCAUGUGUUUGAACUGACCUGUCAUCAACAUGUCCCGCUACCUUAAUUCGAUGAUUUCUUUUCUUCCUUUUUUUGGUAAUACUUCGGAGAAGCAAAGUAUUCUACUUUCUACUUACACAAGACUAGUUACCUUGUGACCAAAAUGGCGUCAGGCUACUCCAGA